AUGUCUUAUAACCAGCUUCAAAAUUUUACCCACGAUGUGUUCGCCAACUUAACAAGCCUGAGAACUCUAAAUCUAGAGGGAAAUCAACUCCAACUGGACGAAAGCGUAUUCAGACCACAAAUCUUCCGAGACUUAAAAGCUUUACGUGAACUGAACAUCAAGAAGACUACAAUCAAGCCCUGGACGUAUCAGGAAAAUCUGCCUCACUUAGAAGUUCUGGAUUUGUCUUCUUGUAAGAUAAAAGGAAUCGCAGCAGGUGCCCUGAGGAAACAACGAAAUAUAACGGUCCUUGAUAUUUCAUACAAUGAAAAACUUACAUUUUCAAGUUUUGCGAAUAUAACAAGCGAUUUACAGUUUUCCAAAAUAAAGGUUUUCAGAGCUAACAAAAUCCACUGCACGUUCGGACCUGGUACUGUGAUUCAAAUCCGUGACGUCAUGCACUUUCAGAACACACCCCUUGAAGAACUCUACCUAGAGAACAACAGACUAGCUCUUAUAGAAAGAUAUGCUAUACACUAUUUACCUCACACUCUCAGAAUAGUGUCGAUCGUCCAAAAUAAAAUGUCAGUUGGUACUUACUUAAUGGAUGCCGUGUUCUUGACUGGAAUGGAAAAACUUAAUUUGUCCCUCCAGAUGGCUUCCACCCCAGUCAGUGAACUGAUAGACGCUUUCACUUGUCAGAAUCCUGUACGACCUUUCGAUAAUACAGUAGGAAGGUAUUCCAACAAAUACAACACAGAAUCAUUUCAAAUGAAUUUCACGGUAACUCUGCCAAGAAAUUUAAGAACUCUCAUACUGAGAACUUGCAGCAUACGUCUGGAACUUUUUAAGAUUCUCGUUAACCCCUCCAAUCAGUUGUCCUAUAUUGACAUUUCACAGAACGUCAUUACCAGUUUCACGGGACCUAUUAUAGGAUUUAAUAAACUGAAACAUUUGGAUUUAUCAGAUUGUCUCUGUUCUUCUAUUUCAACUGGCUUAUUUGAUUUCACAACCUCACUGCAAGUCUUAAAGCUUAACAAAAACCUUUUAGGUCUCAGUCUGAAAGACGAUUUGGACGGAGCAACCUUUAAAAAUCUGGUGAAUCUUCUAGAGCUAGAUUUAUCGGACAACCGGAUUCAACUGCUGCCCGAAAAGAUAUUCAAAAAUCUACGAAGGCUUCAAAAGCUAAAUUUAAGCUCUAAUUUCCUGACAGAAUGGAAUGUGAAGAUGAAUAACAUGUGGAAUCUGAACACAAUUGAUAUUUCACUUAAUAAGAUAAGGCAACUCAGUCACGAUGCUACCAUCUCGUUAUCAGGAAUUUCAAAAAAGAAUAAACAUUUUAAAAUUUCACUGGCAGAAAAUCCUUUUGUUUGUUCAUGCGAUUCUAGACAUUUCCUACAGUGGUCCUCCAAAAAUCGCGAACAUAUCUCGGAUUUUUAUCAUAUGAAAUGUAAGUUAGACAACGGAACAAGUUUUGGUUUCUGCGACAUAGAAACAGUUUUACAGUUGCUGGAAAUUCAGUGUAAAAAUUAUCAACUGGUAACAUUCGUAAUUACUUCCGUCAUAGUUUGUUUCUUUAUAAUAAUUGUUUCCGGUUUGAUUUACCGGUACCGAUGGAAACUGCGUUACUUGUUUUAUAUGACAAAAAACAAAUACCGAUUAGCCAGCCCUAUAUAUCGGGAUACAUUUACGUUUGAUGCCUUUAUAUCAUACGCUGAUGAAGACAGUGACUUCGCGGUGCACGAGUCGAUUUCCCAGCUAGAGGAAUCUAGAGGCUUGCGUCUGUGCCUGAGUAAGAGGGACUUCCGGCCCGGUUCAGAGAUUGCAGCAAACAUUACAGAAGCCAUCAGCAAGAGUCGUAAGACAAUCAUAAUUCUAUCUAAUCAUUUCCUGAACUCUUACUGGUGUAUGUAUGAAUUCAAUAUGGCAAGGAUGGAGAGUAUUUAUACCCGGAAUGGAAAAGAUGUUCUGUUUAUGGUUAUGUAUCGACACGUUACUGCUAGGAUGCUGCCUUUAUCAAUGCUGGCUUUGGUAGAAAGUCGGUCCUAUAUUGAGUAUCCCGACGAUCCCCAAGGAGACGUCGUAUUCUGGGACAAAAUAGCUGAAACAUGCAAAAAACCUUCAAGAUUAAACUAGCUGACGCCUGCAAAAG